AUGGGAGAUGAAAAUCCAAGGAUCAUGCACGGUGUGAUCAUCACGGUGUACGUUGAUCGUCAAACGACGACCGCACGAUCGUUUCGAGUUAGACGUAGAAAUGAAUGUACGUGGGAUCGUGAGAUGGGAAGGAGAGCGAAUUUGUUAGCGUAUAUUCGUCAGCUUAGAGCUGAAAGUCUCGCCGGAGAUUCGGAAGGCGACGACGCCGUCGCGAGUAACAACAAACCCGAGCGGAAGAAGAAGAAACUAAGGUGGAUAAGAAAAAUGAUGAGCAAGUUCCGGAUACCAUUUCUCCGGCCACUUCGUCGGAAAAAUGGGACGUGGAAGUACAGACAUUUUGCUCAAGAUGAAGAAGAGGGAGAAGCAAAAAAGUAA